CCCCCCCCUCCUCUCUCCUCUGGGCCCCUCACCACCCGCGGCCGCCUGGGCCUCGCCAGCGAGGGACGAGAUAAAAACUGUGACGACGUGUUGUUGUGGUCGCUGGUGGUCGCUGUAUAGUGACAGUCAGCACGCCGGGGAUUGUCAGUUGUUACAAUCACGGGGCUCUAUGCUGGAUGAUCGUAACAAAGCGAGCGUAAUGGGCAAUCAGGGACGCCGGGCGUACUGCUCGCAUCAUACUCAUUUCUCUUUUCGCUAAGGUUCCUGUGCACUAACGAUGAACAUUGGCUUCAACUUCGACCGACCAUGAAGUUCGAGAAGAGACCCCAAUUUGAGGGAAUGGCGUCGACAAAGGAAGACGAGGAAGACAGAAAAUGCAGAGACAGCGACGCGUUUUACAGGAGCAAUGGGAAAGUGGAGCGCAGUAAUCACAGCAACGGCAGCAGCAGAACCCCAGGGACUGAUCAGUCUCAGGAGAAAAGGCCUACCCAGGCAGCAGAGCCGCGCGUGGGAGCCACAUUUUUGGCUCAUCAAUGCGCCAAAAACGCGCUAAACAUGCGUCAAAAAUGCAGUAUUUGCUACGUGGGUGACAACGGAGACGUUAAUGAUGUCCUGGAACACAUGUCAAGACUGGACAUCAACGUGGAAGAGUCUCCAGAAGAAAGACAGUGCAAAACCGAACAAAGCAUCGCUCAAGAUGAAAAAAGUAUAAGUAAUGUAAGAAAGACAAAGGCACUUGAACAGGCUUCCAAACUCGGUUCAAAAAUUUCAUUUACAAGUCUAACUUGUGCCACCCAGGAUGCCAUGGCGUCUCCUCUCAAGAAAGACCCAGACAAUGGCAAAGCUACAUCCAAGAAAGAUGAGUUAGCAAAACCAGAAAACUCAAGGAUCGGGUGUAAAUUGGAAAAAUCAGCUAUUGUUAAACAGAAUCAAUCCAAAGAUCUAUUCAUAACAGACCCUGCAACAGAGAAAAAUGUGGGUUCCAAUAAAAGGCAGCCGAGCGCAACAGAAUCUGACCUCGCGAAAUCAGACUCCAGCGAGACAAGAUUGACGACCGACAGCAAGCACGACUGCAGUGACAAGGUCUACAAAAUCGUUGAAGACUUCAAAAAGCUCUUGCCAAGAUUGGAGAAAUCAGAGGAAAAUAAGUCCACGACACACAGCUCAUCAGAAUAUGCCCUCUCUUCUAAAUCCGAACGCCACGAGGAAAGCCCGAGAAAAGAUACAGAACCUGCCCAACAGAAAAAUGGUACCAAAGUUUUCACCGAGACCAAGCAGGACCAGGACUCGGGGAAGGUGGAACAGAUAUUGCAGAAGUUCCGCUCGAUGGUCUCCAAACAAUCAGUCAUCAUCAUGCGUCGUGGCCCAACAAAUGUUCCCAUUGGUCCACAUGAUGAGCUGGAUUCACUCUUGAGGGUAUCGGGUCCCCUUCGUGAGUUCACUUUCGAGGAAAUUGAUGAGUUUUUGAAGCACCUUGGUGAUAGCAUGACACAACAAGUUCCGCCGCAGAGAGCUGAUAGUAUCGAUAGCUCUCCUCACUCAUCGGCAGGAUGGCAGGAAGACAGUGGGAUGGAGGAUUCGUCUGGGUGCUACACGCCGCCAUCUUGCCACGAAAUUGGACCAAUCCACAAAUAUCUUAUGACCAGAUUGUCUGUGGAUCAAGGACACGGGACGCCUAUCAGUUCACCAUCAUGCUCCAUGACCUCCUCCAUGUCGCCGUAUUCCGCAAUGGACUCGCCACUACCACAGAACAGUUACUAUUCUGGCGAAUCGCCCAUGACGCCUCCUUCACCUCCUUUUAACCAGAACAAUUUUGAUGUUACUUUGGUUAAAACUAGUUGGCCUAGUGAGUUUGGGCCCAACCAUAAAUACAUGCGGUCAAUGUUCCACCAGACACCAUCAUUUACCGGCUACGGCACCUCUGGGCAUCCUGACAGAAUACCACAUUUAAUUAUAUACUUAAAAGCAGCUGACGGGCGUAGGCCCGAUUUUCAAAAGAUUUUUGAAUCGGCCAGGUGUUACUUACUUGCCCACAUUGCCUUGUUGUACGAGGAGGACACAGAAGGCUAUACAGCACUGUAUUAUGCUGCCAAACUCCAUGGAUACGAUAAGAUUGUUGGCUUCAUCCUCGAAUGUCUUAUAGAGGCCGAACACAAAUGCAGUUUGAUCAAAGACCCUGCUAAAUCCCAGUACAGGAUUGAACUUGAGAGAUAUGGGAACUUUGGUGACAACAUUUUGCACUGCUUGGCAAGAUGGCAUAACGAGCAAAAUAAUUACAUCCCCGUUGCAGAGACCUUGUUCAGUACCUGCAGCAAACUAAUGAGCUUGAAACUUGAGCGUAAUAAGGAAGGAUUUCUUCCGUAUGAGCUGUGUCAAAGAAGCGACAUGAAGAUGUUUUUGCACCCUCAUGCGUAUUAAGUGACCAUGACGAGUUUGUUCUAAGACAAAAUGACAAUUUUUUCUGUCAAAAUGACGUGACAGCGAUGGUACAUUGCCCCAAUGUUGUAGGGUUGCCUUGCCAUUUUUGAUCAUCUCAAUGUACAUCGCAUUUUACUUGCUAGCUGAACCGUAAAGUGCUAACGCUACUUUGGGUAGCGAACUCGCGAGAAGGGAAUCUUGUCGAUGUUAUUAUGAUUCUGUCUUUUCUGUAUUCAGAUAUGUAGGCUACUAGCCUCACGCUCGCACUAGUCAACCCCAUUCCACGUACUAUGUGUUUGUGUUAGCAGAUAGAGAUGUACAAACAAACUAAAAAUACCAUUCUGUAAAUAAGGCAUUUUCUGUUAAUCUUAAUUAACUCGUGCUCAAAUGUCUCGAUGACCACAAUAAAUAUAGUUGAAAGAUUAGAAUUUACGAUUUCUUGAUGUCGAAUUAAGUAGUGUGUAAACAUUUUUGCAUAGUUUCAGUCAUGUGUCUUAAAGAUCUAAUUUAUGAAUAAUGCGAUUGUAAUGACUUUCAUAGUAAAUAACAGCAUCAUUGUGUAUUAUGGCAUUAAAAGUAAAAGACAUUCUGAUGCAAAUCAAAUCUGUAUAUUUUCCGUUGUAAGCUAUGUGCACAGUAUGUAACGUUAACAAAUAAACAAAACAGCAGUCAUAA